AGUAAGUAUCGCGUGCAGGCAUUCGCCGCCGUUUUAUGAACGUCAUCCUUCAUUCCCCACCACGCAGCAUCUUCCACAUAUCGGAGACUUUCACAGAGGCCUCUCCUCCAUCGAUUAAGUCAGGUUGUUGAUUGAUAUAAUACCUAUAUUCUUAUAUUCUCCAACAUGACAGAACCAAUCCCACCAAUCGAGCAACAGCCACCAACAGGAGACAAGGGCUUCGAGUCAUCGCCAUCACAAAUCCGCCUUCCUCGGAUCACCAUCCAAUACUGUACCCAGUGCAAAUGGAUGCUCCGAGCAGCUUAUUUCGGACAAGAACUCCUCCAAACAUUUGGCACAGCCAUUGGAGAGGUCUCCCUGAUGCCAACCACAGGCGGUAUCUUCACAGUAACUAUGCUACACUCAUCCAGGACCAAUAGUCUCGAAACCGAAACAAAGCUACUAUGGGACCGUAAAACGCAUGGUGGAUUUCCUGAAGUCAAACAACUGAAAUCCAUGGUUCGAGAUGUUAUCGAUCCCUUGAGAGACUUGGGACAUGUUGACCGAGCUCUUAGUAGAGUAGUCAAAGGUGAUGAUUCCGCGUCCACACCUCCUGUUGAUGCGAAGUCAGACGACAGUGGCAGCAAUGUGCCACAGUCUGAUCCUAAGAUAAGCCUUACAACAGGAGACUCUGGGCAAAGCGCAUGUCAUGACUGCCAAUGAGCAGAGUAUAUAUAUCUCCCAGUUAUUACGAUUACCCGGUAGCAGAAAGCCCAUUGUUGGACAUAUUUACGCUGAGUAUCUAAUGAAGCUGCAAUUUU